UUAUUAUUAUAUUGAUAAAGACAAUAAAGUAUAAAUCGGUUCCUGUAGCGGGGUAAAGUCUAAUAAAUUUGUAAUUACUGAUAAACAGCUGAGCACGAUCCUCUGUCUGCAGACCAUUAUAAAUUUAAACCUAACGUACUCAGCUCUCAUAUUGUAGUCAUGAGUUUCACCUAGCGGACGUAGCGAAACGUCUGAGUCGACAUUCCACCUCUUCAGGAUAGCGUUGUUCGAAGAAAUCCAAAUCAUUACCACGACAGAUUGAGAUGUCCAACGGCCAGGCACAACAGAUUCGGUGGCAUCACCAAAAUCAGCCACAACAACCGGAACCACAACAACUUUUGCAGCGACCAGUACAAUCACCGGAACGACGGCGGUCGGUCACCAGGAAGAGGAGUUUGGAGUGCGCUAGGGAUUUGGAAUGCGACAGGUGCGCGCGGAUGUUCCCGACCAAGAGGUUCAUGGCCCAGCACUUGGCGCCGGACAAGCGCAAAUGCCAAAUGUGCUGCAAACGGUUCCGACACGUUAGCAACCUGGUGAACCACGUGCGCGUGCACACGGGCGAAAAGCCGUACACGUGCGCAGUGUGCCGCAAGUCGUUCGCACAGGUGGGCAACCUGCGCACGCACGUCCGCGGCGUCCACUCCGGCCACACACCGUUCGUAUGCGACGUUUGCGGCCGGCAGUUCACGCAGAUGGGCAACUUGGCCACGCACAAACGCGUUCACGACGCCGACAAGCCGUACGCGUGCGACGAGUGCCGGUUGUCGUACUGCCAACAAUACCAGUUAGUUAGACAUCAAAAGAAACACCGCGAAUCCGUCUCUCGUGGUCCUUUGCCAUCAGAAACAGCUCUCCCGCCACCUCAGCGCCAAUAAAAGGAUCGCGGUUAAUUGGUCAUCAUCAUAAUUACUAAUCAGUAUUAUAAUAAUUAUAAACAGAUCAUGGCGUAUGUCUCACUCCCGAAGGUCCGGAAAAAAAGUUAAGACGCGCAACUUAUUAUAAUAUAAUAUAAAAAAUAAUAGUAGGUAUAAAAUGUAUCAUAUUACUAGAUUUUGUGAUCAUAUAUUAUUUUUAUGUUAUUCUGCGAACAGGUGUCUUGAAUACUGAACAGUUAUUUUAGUAUUAUUUAUUAUAUAUUACACUUAAAUACUUGUCGUUCUAAGCCACAGACAAGUAAACAAAGUUAAAUUUACAUUUAUCUCAGAGUUUUAAUUAAAAAUAUAUCUUUGUUUGUUUUACAUUUA